AUGGCUAGCUGUGUGUGCUGGUUGCACAGGGACUGGGCAGCCCAUUCUUCCUGUCUUCCGAGUGGGCCAGAAGCCAAGCAGGCACAUUGGCAAGAAGUUUCACCCAAGCUGGAGGCCAGCAGAGAGGCGUUUUUGUGGUGGACAGCCAGUAGAGGAGACUUCGUGUUUUCUGCUGAUCGUCUGAUCAGACUCGUGGUUGAAGAGGGACUGAAUCAAUUGCCAUACACAGAAUGCACAGUGACCACUCCAACAGGAUACAAAUAUGAAGGAGUGAAAUUUGAAAAGGGAAACUGUGGAGUCAGCAUAAUGAGAAGUGGCGAAGCCAUGGAACAAGGUUUACGGGACUGCUGCAGGUCAAUUCGCAUAGGAAAGAUCCUGAUACAGAGCGAUGAGGAAACUCAGAGAGCAAAAGUGUACUAUGCUAAGUUUCCACCAGACAUUUACAGGAGAAAAGUUCUUCUUAUGUACCCAAUACUAAGUACUGGUAAUACUGUAAUUGAGGCUGUAAAAGUUCUUAUAGAACAUGGCGUACAACCAAGUGUCAUUAUCCUGCUAAGCCUAUUCUCCACACCUCACGGUGCCAAAUCUAUUAUCCAGGAAUUCCCAGAAAUCACAAUUUUAACUACAGAAGUUCAUCCAGUUGCACCAACACACUUUGGACAGAAGUAUUUUGGAACGGACUGACACACUUGGAACAAACUGAUAAUGACUGUAUAAUAUUACAUAAGAGGUUUUUUUGUUUUUGUUUUGUUUUUGUUUUUUCUAUUCUACAUUUUAUUAUUAUUUCUAGCAGAGUUGGUUGAGGGCACGUUUAAAAAUCUCUUUGGCCAAAGGGGGAAAUACUUGACCUAGAUUACUUCUUGUUGGUUACUGCUCCAACACAGAACCAAGUGCAGUAACAAACACCAAAUCAUGGCAAAGUCAAGCAUCUUCAUGUUGUACCUGUAUUAACUGCUACACUCUCUGCUUUAAUUUAUUUAUUCUUCUAUAGCCUGUUUUGUGGCUGCUUGCAAGAGCAAAAUAAAACAACUAUGUGAUCAAGGUGUA